AUCUGCAAUUUUCACAAUCGUUCGAACCCUUCAUCGAUCCAACUAGCUCAUCCUGCUUUUGGAUGUACGUGAGACAGGUAAUGGCCGACCGGUAAACGCCUUUGCACUGCUUACAAUCAAAAGGGGUUCCCAUUCGUUGUCCAAGUUCAAGCUCAAGAUGAGGGUGCGAAGAGUCGGUGCGCUCUCAUCUCCACUUCAUCGGGAAUCCGAUGUUCUAGGGAUUCAUCACUUCCCUAUAUGGCUAUUUGACGCAUGCUUUUGAAAGUCUGCACUCAUACCUGACCUCUUCGCUGAAAGGAGAUCUGACCUUCCAACCAAUGUGGCAGCGAGCGGACGAAUUGCCUUAGACAUUUCCAGGUUUUAAAUCCGGUGGUCGGGACAAGGGGUCACCGAUUCGUUCUCACAGCUAUCUGCUCGGGAUACGGUAUCUUGUCGAAAGCUGGUAUAAGAGGUCGGAAGGAAUGCCUUGUCAAUUGCACUCCAUCCUGCGUUCUCCAACUCAACUUCCCGGAUCAGCUUGUUCUUUGUGAAGAAUAAAACAUCAUGGUCAAGAUCGCAAUUGCGGGCGGCACAGGAAACGUUGCUAGAGAGAUUCUUGAGCCUCUGCUCUCAAAGAACAAACAUAAAUUAGUCAUUCUCACACGCACGGACCCCUCUCCCGAGGCUAUAGUCCACCCUGACAUUACCUAUGUCAAGGUCGACUACAAGGACAAGGCGUCGCUGACCAACGCUUUGCGCGGGGUCCAUACCGUACUUUCCUUCGUCGUAGUGGUUCUCGAUCCGGGGAGUAUUGCCCAGAAGAACCUCAUCGACGCUUCUAUCGAGGCGGGCGUAAAGAGAUUCGCUCCUAGUGAAUGGGCCUCCCCCAAGGUCAAGGAAGUACCUUGGUACGCAGAGAAGGAGACCGUUAGAGAAUAUCUUCGUGAAGUAAAUCGAGAGAAGAAAGUCCUAGAAUACUGCUUGUUCCAGGGCGGCGUCUUUUCCAAUUACCUCGCAAGCCCUCACAAGACGGCCAAACAUCUUGUUCCUGUCAUGUUGCCCUUCGACUUCCAGAACCGCCGCGCUAUCGUAUUGGAAGGCCACAAUGACAUUGAUGGCCUGACCUUCACCAAAGUUCAAGAUGUCGCAAAUAUUGUCGCCGAGGCUGUAGACUAUGAAGGCGAAUGGCCUUUGGUCGGGGGCAUCCGCGGCAAUUACCUUACAGUGGGGCAGAUCUUGGCUUUAGGAGAGAAAAUUAGGGGUAAACCGUUUGCAGUCGAAACGAUCACUUUGGAAGACAUUGAGUCAGGAAAUGUCAACACGUCCUGGUACCCUGUGCUCGAGCAUCCGUCUAUACCAAAGGAAGAGAUUGAAUCCUUCUCCAAGAUGGCUCUCGGAGGCACUCUGAAAGGGAUUGCACACGCUGCUUACACUGUGACGAGUGAUGAGUGGAACAAGCUCCUGCCCUGGUACAAGUUCACGGAUAUCGAGGAGUUCCUGUCAGAAGCAUGGGCUGGGAAGCCUUAGAAGGCGUGAUAGAGAUGUAUGGCCAACAGUGAGGGACGGUUUUAGGACGCUUGGCAUCACGUUGUACUCUGGCGUAUUAUAGCUUUCACUAUCCAUCAUUCCGACAUUGAAUCUUCCUGUUGAAUCUCGUUCGACUUAAGCAACGAACUCGCCUCUAUUCCACUGGUUACUACUGUCAGUAGCAAAUAUGAAUUGCAACACGAACACGUUCACCUGC